AUGGGUAUUAGGAGAGUGAUUGGGGCUCUUUUGCUUCUUUCAGUUGUAUUGAGCCCAUGUUUGGUUGCUGGGCUGACUGGUCAUAGGGCGACAGCCGGGUCGAACACUACUGCCUCCAAUAUUCCCAACAUGUCAUUUGGAAACCGUAAUGUAGGUGGAGACGUGCAAGCAAGAAAUACGACUUCAUCAUCCGAUAAAGUGUUGGUACAAAGUGAUACUACUGGUGGAGAUAGUGGUGGAAGAGGAGGAGGAUCGGGAGGUGGUGGCGGAGGAGGCGGAGGAGGCGGAGGCAGUAAUGGUGGUAGUGGUAGAGGUGGAGGAAGUGGUCGGGGUGGUGGAGGCCAGGGAGAUCAAUUGUGGCUAUCUUACCUGGACGUGACUAUAGUAACACUUACUUACUGUGAGCCGCGCAGGAGGGACCUAGACAGUGAGAAUCGCAAGCGCUCCCUCAAGUCUAACUAA